UGCGAAUGUCACCGCUAUACGUUGACCAAGUUCACCUAUCACCCACACCCAUUCUCUAACAAUAUGACCAUAAUCUCAAAUGAUCCCGUGUGGUGGCCGUUCAUCAAUGUAUCUCGUUUUGCCAGCUAUUUUCCAGUUGCCGCCUUUGUUGGGGUGAUGUAUGAUUGGUUAUUUUCAGCACUCACAUUUGGGCAAGAGGUCGAAUUGAUCUGGAGGCAACACUGGUCCCUGAUGACAGUUCUGUACCUCAGUGUGCGCUAUCUUGGAAUCUUAUAUGCUGCCAUGUCUAUCCUGGAUAGUGUUCCGACCAUCUGGCUGACAGAUACAGUGAGCUUCAUUAUAUACGUCGUACAGAAUUGGAUGGGCGUGUUGGUAUCUGCACUGCUGUGGGUCGUCAUCAUCACUCGGUUGCAUGCCAUGUAUCAACAAUCCAGAAAGAUCCUGAUAUUUCUUGUUGUCACCUUUCUGGCGAUCAACACUUUUGAUGGAGUAAACGCCGUUCUGAUGAUCAUACAUACUUCAGGAGAGGAACUCAUUCUCUCCGGCACUUACCAGUGCGCGAUUGGCUAUACAGGAGAUGCCCCAGUUCUGAAUUCUGUUACUUGGAUACUCUCUAUUGUGUGGGAGGUCCUCACACUAUGUCUCGCAGUCUGGAUUGCGGUAAAACACUUCCGUGAACUGCGAUUACAUGCGGCAGGAGGGAUUAUCGGGGACUGUUUUACGGUGUUGAUGAAAACUCACGUGGUUUACUUUGCGAGCUUUGUUGCUGUCUCUUGCUUCCAGCUCAUUAUUGAAUUCUCUCCAACAUCUUCAGCAAGCCAAUAUCUCCAGACUUUUUUUGGCUUGUUUGAGAUCUUGGAGGUCGUGCAGAUGUUCGUGCUAGGACCACGGCUGAUCCUUGGCGUUCGAGAAUAUCAUGCCAAACUCGUGGCUGACUCCGAUGCAGCAACCGGCAUGACCUCAAUCGCUUUCCAAGAACGUGUGCAUAUAUCGACUGGCAGUAGUGUGUAAUGCUCGGUGAAGUUGAAGCGAACGGUUGUCUAGUGCUUGCAGGGAGCACGGGAAAUUAUUAUUUUUGUUUCUAUUCCAAGCCUCGUUGCGGUGCUCGAGUAGUUAUUUAGUGUCACAAAAUAGAUGUCAAGGAGAUAUAGGUUUAGGCGAUAUUUUCGUCGCAGUAUUUAUUCGAUUUAUUUGCUAUAGGUCUUGACAUUGACAAUGUUUCAACCGAUGUUCUGGAUAUCUCUACUGU